AAAAAUUGCUUUCUAUGUUUUCACCUCCCCCAAAGAGGGCCUGAAGUUUUGACCCAAAGUUUCGUCAGUGAAGUGCAUUUGGGCGACUGUUGGAAACCUGGAACUUUGAGCUCUAGGAAGAAGAAGAAGAAAAGCCAUGGAAAAAGAAGAAAGCGCCUCCAAAAGGAUGAGAAUUUACGUCGGAGGACUGGGUGCCGCCAUGACCGAAGACGACCUCAGAAAGGUUUUUCAGAGCGUCGGCGGCGUGGUGGAGGCCGUCGAUUUCAUUCGUACCAAAUCUCGCAGCUUCGCUUAUGUCGACUUCUUUCCGUCGUUCCAAUCUUCCCUCUCCAAACUUUUUAGCACUUACAAUGGAUGUGCUUGGAAAGGAGGAAAAUUAAGGCUUGAGAAAGCCAAGGAAAAUUAUCUUGCACGUUUGAGACGGGAGUGGGAGGAAGAUGCUCAAAUUACGGAUAGUAAUGUUGGUGCAGACAUGGAGGUUGUUGCUCCAGAAUUUACUGAGCAUGUCGCCAAGUCUCAGCACAUCCGGAUUUUCUUUCCAAGUUUAGGAGAGGUGAAGUCUUUGCCAAUUAGUGGAACAGGUACUCACAAAUACGACUUUCCACAUGUUGAGGUACCUCCUCUUCCUGUGCAUUUUUGUGACUGUGAAGAGCAUAAUGUUUCUUCUCCCAUUGGCAAUUCCAAGGACACACAAACAAGAGAUUUGAAUGCUCAGAAUGGUGGAAUGGAUGAAGAUGAAAUCAAGAUGAUGAAUGCAGUGCUGAACAAGCUCUUUGAGAGACAAGAAGCUUCUCAAUCUAGUUGUAAAGGGACCAUGGCACUCAAUGAUAAACACAACUCUUCGACAUUGACUGAUAAUCAACUACUUGAAGAUAAUGAAGUGGACAGUGAUGAAGAUAACCUUGUGCUUAAUGUGAUGGCUAGUAACUGCAAUUCCAAAACUAUGCCAUUGAACAGUGGAAAUAAAAUCUUCAAAGCUCAUGGGAGCAGUAAGGGUGCGGCCAGGGACCAGAAAAAUAAUAGUAGAGUUCAAAGCAAGAAAAGGAAAUCUGUUAUUAGUGAGGAAUUUGAUGGUAAUGAAUCAGUACCCAGCAUCUCUACCAGCUAUGGGGGCACUGAUCCAUCAUAUGAUCCAGCUAGAUCCUCAAGACCUCAAGCUCCUGAUCGAGGUCCACCGAUUCAAUCUUCACGUUCUCAUAAAUCUUCAUGGAAGACACUUAUUCAUGAUAAGAGUAAUGUUUCAUUUAGCAUCUCAGACAUACUGCCUUCUGUUCCUACAGCAAAUGAAGAGCAAGCAGAAGCAGAUAAUCUUAAUCUAGCUCAUUCAACUUCUAACAGAAAUAGCGACCUUGCAACUGCUGCAGUAUUGGGAAGUAAAAUGGAUGAAAUUCAAUCUGGGAAGAUCAAUGUUUCUUUCAGCAUUACAGACGUGCUGCCUUCGGUUGCUUCAGAGGAUCGAGAGGAAGCUUCUUCUGCUGAUCUGAAUCUAGCUCAUUCAACUCCUAACAGAAAUACUGAUGUUGUAGCUGACCCAAUAUCGAAAAGUAUAUCAGAAGAAAUGAUAUCUGUGGAGAGCUUCCCAGAAGCCCAAUGUACCAUUCCAAAUGUCACUUCGAAUAAAGGCAGAGGCUCUUCAUGGCGGCAAAAAUCUUCAUGGACGCAAUUGGUCAGUGAGGAAAUCACCUCCUUCAGUAUUACACAAAUUUUACCAAAUAAUACUUAUGAAAAGCAGGUACAAGGGGAAUCUGAUGCUAUCAAUGUUAAUCUCUCUGCUCGGAGUGAAAUUAAUGCUUCGAAAAAGCAGGACAGUCAAUGUAUAGCUGAAGACGAGUCUGCUGCAUUUGUUAUUCGAAAAGACGAAAUUGCCUGGAAUGAUGUCAAGAAGAAGGAACCACCAGCAGUGCAAGAGUGUAAGCCCUCUCCAACCCAAAUUAUUGAGAGUAAUUUGCCACAGCAAGCAGGUUCAUUCGAUGUAAUAAGUGGCGAAACUUGCCCUUUUAUGAGAAAUUCUUGGUCGGUAGCAGAGUGGACGAAGAUAAAAGCUGCUCUUUCUGGUGGUUCCAAGAAAAAGAAACAGAGACAAUAGAUCACUCAAUAUCCGAGGUAUGUGACACUUGAAUCUUGCUUGAAUGAGGGGCCAUGAUUGUAUCUGAACUUAAAUUGGUUUCAUGUACUUGGGAACAGUUUGAUGCAGUUUUGAGUAGGUUUAUGUUUAUGACCAGGCUGAAGAUAGGGCUCUUGGAAAUAUUUUGCUUUAAACAUAAAAUCGUAAUAUCAUUUAUGCAUACACAAAUAAGAUUGAAUCUUGUUUUGACUAAUUCUUAAUUAUCGUUUUUUUAAAAA